AUGUGCAACAAGGUUGGCGUUCCAUUGGUCGAGGACAAGACGGUGGGUCCGCUAACGGAGCUUGAUUUCGUGGGCAUUGAGUUGGAUUCAAGGAACAUGGAGGCCAGGUUGCCCCCAGACAAGAUUCAAAAGUGUACUCGCCUACUUGAUCAAUUUCUCGGCAUGGAAAAGGCCACUCUCCGCGAGUUGCAGUCUCUCAUCGGUCUGCUGAACUUUGCAGUCUGUGUGGUGCCCCCUGGGCGUCCUUUCCUUAGGCGACUCAUCAAUCUUACUAUUGGUCUCAAGCAUCACUCUCACAGGAGGCGUAUCACCAAGGAGGUCAAGAUGGAUCUCAGCAUGUGGCUGGAAUUCUUAUCUGGUUUUAAUGGCCGUUGUUUUUUCCUCAGUGACCGAUUUUAUUCCUCUGAUACUUUACAUCUUUUCUCGGAUAGUUCCACCACUAUUGGAUUCGAAGUGGUCUUUGGUACCCACUGGGCUUAUGGCGUUUGGGAGGAACAGUAUCGCUCACUCAAUAUCGCGAUUCUGGAAUUUUACCCCAUUGUUUUGGCCCUUUACUUAUGGUCCAAGGAAUUGUCCAACAAAGUAAUAGUUUUCCACACGGACAAUGAAGCUUUGGUGCAUGUGAUUAAUAAGCAGUCGGCUAAGGAGCCCACUAUUCUAUCUAUUUUACGCAGGAUUGGCGAGAUUACCACGCGUUCCGCUAGGUUGACUUCACUUUUAGAACGUUCGGACCUUCAAGUAGAUUUGGCUAGUCCAUCAGCCGGUAUGUCGGUUGUAUUUAGAAAAUACAAGCACAGCAAAGGCAGCCGGCCGGUUGUCAUUCAGAUCUCGCCCCAAGACCAAAAGUUGCUCUGCCCAGUGGUCAACAUGUGCAAUUAUUUGUCUGUACGGCCUGACACAUCUGGGGUGGUGUUCCCGAAGCCAUCGUUAGCGUAA